UCGAAGGCGAAGACCGUCCCUAUCCGCUGAUUUCCCCUCCUUCCUCUCUCCCGGGGCAAAUUUUUGACUAUCGACCGACGACCGGUAAUCAUCCUUCGUAUCUAAAGUGUAUGUAAUGUGUAUAUAUACAUGACUAUGUACAUAUAAAAUCCUACGAAACGAAGAUGAGGAGGAGCAAGGAAGCGGACGGAAAAAAAAGAAAAAAAGAGAAACCGGAAAGCUGAAGGUGGUGAUGAGAGAGAGGAGGAGGAGCAGAGGCCGCCUCUGGAACAGCGGAAGCGCAGUGUCACGACUGGAUGUCUUGCAGUCAUCUCAACUCUAGCAAUAUAUACAUAUACACGUACAUAUAUACAUACAUAUAUAUGUUGUGACAGUAGCAGCAGCAGCAGCAGCUAUGGAGGAGCAACAGCGGUUUGGCAUCGGGAUUUGGAGUCUGAAGGAGCGCUUCAAGGAGCGAUUACGGCAGCGGCUCCGUUUUUCGCCACGUCAUCAGUUUCACUUGCUGAUUCAGCAUCAGGAGCAGCAGGCGCAAAGCCGGCAAAGCGCGCCAACGCGGCGAGCGUCGGCGAAGGCGGCGGUUGCCACGUCACUAGCAGCCGCGCGCGUGUUCAAAGGGAACGCGGUGUUGGCGCGCUUUGCGGCGGCAGUCGUCAGGGGCCAUUGGUAUUCGGGACCGAAGAAAAGCGGGGGGGAGCACUGGAGGGCCAGGGCAGCAAUCCAGAUGGCCAAGCCGCCGGCGUUCAAGGGUUUUGGGUCGGGGUCGGGGUCGAGAUCGAGAUUGGGAUCGGCGGGAUCGACGACUACCGAGGCUGGAGCGAAGGGGGCAACGGUGAGCAGCAGAGCGAAUGUUGCUGUGGGCGCGCGGGAGGCCAGUGCUGUGCCACGUGUCAGCCAUGUGGAGACUGGAGGAGGAGUUCCACCAAGCUCGACCACUGCUGCUGCUGGAACCACGUCAGCUGCUUCCUUGUUGAAGGAUACUGAGAGUGAUUUGAUGGCGCAGCGUGCUGGCAGGGAGGAGAGGAAGCUGGCGGAUGUCGCACUUGUGGAGAAUAUGCUGACUUCUGAGCAGCCGUCACUUUGGAUGAAAGCCGCGCAGGGAUUUGCAGUGCCGGUCUUUGGUGCCUUGAGCAGGAUCUUCAUGCAUGGGUUGAACCGAACAGAGGUCUUCGAUGCGCAUAAGCUGGCAGAUGCAAUCUGGAAAAGACCACAAGGGCAGCCGCUGAUUACGGUCUGUAACCAUGUGGCGUCUAUGGAUGACCCGCUUGUUCUUGCGGCACUUGUCCCUCCUGAUCUGCUGGUGCAUGCUUGGGCAAUGAGAUGGACUCUCUGCGCGACUGACCGAUGUUUUACGAAUCCUGUAUUUUCAGCCUUCUUUCAAUCAGCAAAGGUCUUGCCGAUCGUCCGCGGAGCAGGCUUGGAACAGAAGGGGGUGGAUGUAGCCAUAGGGAAGCUGAACAAAGGGGACUGGGUGCAUAUAUUCCCUGAGGGAAGCCGGUCGCGGGACGGUGGGAGGACGCUUGGCAGCAUGAAGCGAGGCAUCGGCAGGUUGGUUCUUGACGCUAAAGAGACUCCAAUGGUAGUGCCCUUCAUACACAAAGGAAUGGAGGCGAUCAUUCCAGUUGGCCAGUCACUUCCAAAAGUGGGGAAAAAGAUUGCAGUCUUGGUCGGAGACCCUAUCCCGAUUGACGAUCUGAUGCAGGGAUACAGGAGCGGGCUCUGCUCGCAAGCAGAGGUGUACAGGGCAGUGGCUGCCCGGGUGGGAAGAAGGAUGAACGAGCUGAAGGGGGAGCUGGAUGCGAGGCUGGAGCAUGCGGCCGUCCUUGAAGAACAGGCUGUGGAUAAGAAUGAACUGGGUGGAUGGACAGGCGUGCGGGAGUCCUGGGAGCUGCUUGACUGGCAGGCUCAAGGCAUGGGGGUGUUUGACACUGAAGCCCUCCUAGCGAGCAGCAGUGAGAACUCGUGCUGCGUUUCACUUCCUAGGCAGCUCGAUAACGGAUCGGAGCUCAGUCCACAAGGAAUGCAAUCUCCAUCAAGUACGGAUGAGGCUUCUUCGCGUCACCGGGGUGGUAGUAAGCAGCCAUCGGCUUUGACAAUGCCGCCAAGUGCUACUACGUCUGCUCGAUUGCCGAGCACAACAAUACAUUCGGAGGAAUCGGAUGAGCUGCUGGCCGCUCCCAGUGGGAAGGCGCAUCGUCUGAGAGAAAAUAGGAAUGGCAUUGGCAGUUGCAUGCAGACCGUGGACCAUCUGUCGAAAACUCGUGCGUCUGAACUAAACAAAGGGUUGGAUCCGGCGGAAGAAGAGUCUGCGCUUAGACGGGAAGCUAAUUCGUGGCCAUCAGCGCUAGAAAUGUCUAAUGGCCACAGCCUUGGUUCGAGUGGAGAUGACCGUUCUGUUCUCAGUGGACAGAAUGCAACCGACUUUGAUGACGGCGACACCUGGUUCAGCGAGCUUUACGAAGUUGACUCGUAUCGUUGGGGCCGUUGGUCAUCCAGUUCGAGGAAUGAGAGCGGGUGGGACAUGAUGGGCUUUGCUGCAACAGGGCUUUCUGGAAGAAGGAAGGGAGUGUUACCUCAGGGGCUUACGCGAGGGUUGUCGAAGAGAUGUGAUGAGGCGGCAGAUGUGGUUCGGCAAGAAUACUUGGGUCCGUUAAGCGAAGCCAGGAAGAAAGUCUGGACACGGCCAAACUGGACUCCUCUUCUGGAAAAGGCGGGUGGGAUUUACCGUGAUCUCCGAGAACAGAAGGUGUGCAAGAGGCGCAGCUGGCGACUCAUCGACUUCCUGCGCUCUGAUCCGGCGGUUGAGUCGCUUGGCUUGGGGAGCGGCUCGCGUGCUUCUUCUUUCUGCUCCGCCAGCGGAAGAAAAAUGUCUAGCGCAUAAGUUUUUCUGGUCUUAUGAAGCUUUCUGAAUUUUUGACAGCGAGCUCAGGGGAUAACUAUGUGGGUUGUCGACCAUCUGGAUUGUGAAGCUCUGGAGAUGGAAACGAUCACGAACUGUUGCGUGAUGAGACCGUGCGGAGUUUUGAAAACCAGUGAGAUCACAGUUGUUGCAAUGUUUGGGCCUCAGUUAGAUUUUUGGUUAUGAAGCUGACAGUCUGGGCCAGUGGUUCUGGGCUCCGGACAAUACGAGCUGCUGUGAUUCGCGAUCAGCACAUACAGGUCGAAGAUCAGCAGAUGUGUUGUUCCUGUGGAGUUUGCAGGUGUGGGGGCCUGGAAACUGACUUUAAGUCACAAAGCUGGGAACUCAAGGAGUGUGGCAAUAACAGCAGAAUUGACGGUGGGAGAGCGGAAUUCUGCCUCUCAUGUUGACGAGCGAGCUUGCACGGCCUGCUGCACACCUACUCUUCUCUGCUGCACGCCGCCUCUUCUCUGUUGCCUCCCCCCCUGCCAACAGCAGGGGGAGGAAGUGGGGAAAAGGGAGGUAUGGAUAUGACAGACAAGUACAGCUUGACAGCAUGUGGAGGUGGGGUGGGGAGGGGGGAAGAAGGUGCCAAAUGGGAUAAGGUAUGGAUGACAGAGGUUCAGCAUAGUAUAUCAGAUUGUCUUGUGGAUUGUUUCACUCUGUUCCUGUGGUUUGAUUGCUUGGCUUGCUCCAACAGUGCUAGAGAGUCAGUUCUAUAGGAGGUCCUCUGCUGGCGAUUUGUCUGUGCUAAGUCGGUGUGAUGCUAAUUUAGCGCUUGCAUGCCACCGCUUCAACCCCACCUGCCAGUGCGUGAGUAAGACAUCACAUCACUGAUGUAGGGCCACUAAAGUUAUCCCUUGUUGAGAAUACUGAUAAUGCAUGACGGGGAGGAGAGAAGGUGGGGAUCGGAGCAACGCGCACAUGUCACACGACUUGACACAAGUAAGGGCCUCUCUCCCGCAGUAUAAGCCUGUUAGUGUUGUUAGCAGUUUUGGUAGGCUUGCUUCCCUCUCUCUCUCCCCUCCUCUCUCUCUCUCUUGGGGAUCGGAGCUGCGGAGGGAUAUUUGUGUGAGGAAGCCAUACAGUGAUGAAUUGUCGACAGGUCGGGAAGAGCAUGGAGUUUGAUAAGCAUGCUUCCCUCUCUCUCUCCCCCGCCUCCUCUCUCUCUCGUGUGAGUGUCAUCUGUGCGUAAGUGCCUGUUAUAUCUGGCUGGCAAUGGUAGUGCACUGGUAUGCACUUGCAUUCGACAAAGUGCAUAGGUAUGUAGUUGUACUCAGGGGUGCCAAACUGUUUUUCCACCAGUUCACUGUUCCUACAAAACAAGAAAAGCAUAUGGGAGGCUAGGAUUGCUGUACGCCGUACGCUGCUCUCUGUGGGCUUGCCUGCACAAGUGCACGUGUGUCUGCCUGUGUGUGUGUGUGUGUGUGUGUGUGUGUGUGUGUGUGUGUGUGUGUGUGUUUGUGUGUGUGUGAAUUUAUGCCAUGGCACAUUUUUCCUGUGUCAUGCAUUUCUCCGAUGAGAGUUACUCGGCUCACCUUGUACUUCAAAAAUAUGCACGUAGGUAUGUCAAAGGUCAUGGUAGGAUCGGCGUUUACUAAGGCUGUGGAUACUUGGCAUUCAUAAUCAACACUGUUCCCGAUG